AUGCGAAACCCACAUGAUAGAAUAAAUAGUAGUAUCAGCAUUAGCAGUAGCAGUAGCGAUUCGAGCAGCACGACUGAGAGCACCAGUACAGUGGUUUACAUUGAAAAUAAUAAGUACGGUCAUUGUGAGGGUGGAUACAAGGGCUCGAGGGCCAAAAGGAAGAAAAAUCUCAAACGUAAGCUUUUUGAUGUGUCUAAAUACAAGGGGCUCCACGACGAUAGAAUUAUGGACGCGUUUAGCGCGCUCUGUUUUUUGUUUCGGGUUAGAAGAGUUACGAGCGAUGGGUUUAUUAUGAGAGCACACGUGUUCACGGCUGCUGUCAUGUUAAUAUUUUCGAUUAUUGUGUCUGCUAAGCAAUCUGUUGGGAAUCCUAUUGAUUGUAUGCAUACAAGAGAAAUACCUGUGGACGCAUUCAAUGCUUAUUGUUGGAUACACAGCACUUACUUCGUAACUGGAGCAAUGCUCGGAGUGGCUGGAGUAAAUGUAGCCUUUCCCGGCGUAGCCUCGUCCUCAUCAUUUCUUUGGCCUUACAACCGAGUAGGUCAUCUUUCAUUUCCAGAGAAUCACAAUCGAAGAGAAGAAGAAAUAAAAGUGAUCAGAUAUUACCAGUGGGUGGCAUUUUUACUGCUUUUGCAGCGUCAAUCAGUUCUGAGAAAUCUCGAUUUAUCAUCCGGAAAUAAUGAAGACGGGGGAAUGGGAUUUGAAUGA